UCCUCGGCGAAGCCGACGCAAGAAGAAGAGGUUUUUAAGGGUAGGCGGCGCCGGGGCGAGGGCCGAGGCGGGGAGGAAACCUUUCCCGGCGGCGCGACGGUCGGAGCUCGGGAGCGAUGUCGAAGCGUCAGGGCCCCCCGAAGCACCAGAACCGCUACGCAUGGAAGCCCAACCUCGGGCAGAAGAUCAACGAGACCGAGCCCGGCGGCAGGUUCCGGCCUCUGUCGGAGAUCACCGGGGUCUGCCAGCGCUGUAAGGAUCAAAUCGACUGGAAGCGUAGAUACGGCAAGUACAAGCCUAUCGUUGAGCCGGCGAAGUGUCAGAAGUGUGGGAAACGGAACGUCCGACAGGCGUAUCACAACGUCUGCACUGCUUGCUCCAAGGACCUUGGGAUUUGCGCCAAGUGCUGCACUCAGGUUAAACAGCUUAUCGGAAGGGAUGUUAGUGAAGAGGAGAGUGAGCGCAAGGCACUAGAGGAGGCCAUUAGAGGAGCUAGGGAGAGAGAGCGACGCACGCUUCUUCGCCUUAUGAACAGAGGUAAUGGGGGUGAGAGCGGACCAUCGGUUCCGAAGAUUGCUGACAGAAGUCGUGAAGGAGACAUUUUUCCGGUUGCAUCCCUUGAUGAAUACGCUGAACAAGCUAGACAACAAGAUGAUUCAGAUGAAGAAGAGGGCGGGGAAUUUCCAGAAAAUUAAUUUCAGGAGCCUUUCUGUUGUGAAAGGAUUUUUAGCCUUAUGCGGUGAUGUCCAUUGUGGCUAGUCGGAUAUAUUUCCGUCUAUCCGAUAUUGAUUUGUGUGUUCUACCAUUCCGUCCGUGCUUCUUCAAACUGAAGAAUUGGAAAGUAGCAUAUUGCGGUUUUGCCUGUUUACCUGUUA